UUUUCCUUUCUGUUUUCUGUUUGGGUUACGACGGACGGCGACUCAUUUUUAGCGGAUCAUAGUUGUCAUCUUGCAUUUCAACUGGGAUAUGGCGAUUUUUUUCUUUUUCUUUUUACUAAGUGAAACGAAUUUUUUUCUGUGACCACCCCGGGGAAACGAACCCGUGUAACACUACCUACCCUACCUAUGUUCACACUAUUCGCUUUUGGUUUCCUCUCUGCUAACCCGGUUUCCGGGUGCAGAACUCGUGUUUUAUUAUGGGAUGUAAAUUUGGACCUGGGCAUGAUCAAGGAAGACAAAAAAACAAAGGAAAAAAAAAAAAAAGAUGAAAACGAAACUUUUGUUCCUUUUUUCGGUGUGGAAAGAUGGAAAGGAGUUUUUCUUGUCUUUAUUGUGUGUGUGUGCAUAGCAUAUGGCGUUGAUGCCUUCUUACAGCCAUUAGAUGCUGUCUUGAGCAUGAAAGAUAUACUACUCAUGAAAUCGAGCCUGCUUUUGAUUUAUUGUCUACAUCGUAUCUAUUGUAGUUUAUUUCCGCCUGUAGAGGCCAGCGAAUUAUAUGCAAUCGAAGUCGGAAUUGUGGUCUUGGACGUAUAUAUUCAAGCUAAAUGCAGUACACGGUAGAUGAAGGAGAUCAUUAUUCUAGUGUUUCGUUCAUGAUACAGAUACCAGGAUGAAAGGUUACCCACCCAAACCCGAAAGUGUAGAGAGACAGAUUGCGAGAUUUGCUGAGUGAAGAUGAUGAAACCAAGGCAGAAUCAGUAACAUCGUAAAUCAUGGUCCUAAAUUGAGAAGGCAGGCAGAAAA